UUUUGCCGCUGUUUAGGGCGCCAUGUUUCAAUAGACAGACACUUUGAUCAACAUCUUUGCUGCAGUAUCGACUUUAGUCCGCAUUAAACGAGUUUUAACAUCUGUGACGGACGAACAAACAUUUGCUGACAGUUUAUUACUCGCCCUCGAGGCAUUACAGAUCGAUAUUGUCGCGGUAUGAGUUUGUGUGGCACCGAGACACUAAUGUGUCUCACAGAAACGCUUGGUUUGGGAUUAUUGUGUCACUGUAGGACCGAGGCGACUUUAUAAAAGCUUGAAAGAUCAGCAGGAUGUCCAUUGAUUUUGACAGUGCAGCUUUACAGACCCAGCAGGAGGAAGAGGAGUAUGAUGAGGAAGACUACGCCAGAGAGCGAGAGCUCCACAAGCUCCUGACUGAUCUCCCUGAUGAUAUGCUAGAUGACAGCGCCAACAGCUCCACCUGCAGCCGCCCAGAAGACAACAACAGACCGCAGCAUGCCUGGGAUGUGCCACAAUGGCAGCAUCCGAGACCUUCUUCCCUUGAGGAACCCUAUGAGGAGAGCGACCAAGGCUCUUAUCAUGAGGACUACAGCUAUAGGAGUCACACGUCUCAGACCAACAGUCACCCUCAUCACCUCCAGACCGGGACAGAACAUUUGGCCACCGGCUGGGACCAACAGAACGGACAGAACUACCAGUACCAGAACGGAGACUAUGCACACUCUUCCGCAGGCACGGAUGAGUCCCACGGCACUGACUUCUCCACUGGGGACGGGGCGGGACAGGACGUGUACCCUAAUAAUGCUCUUCAACAUGGGGCAGGUUACCAUGGAGAAGAGGCACAAGCCCUAGGAGAGCAUAACAACACCAGACACCACUUUCAGGUGUUUGAUAAUGGAGGAGCUGGGAACAAACCCGCUGGCCACUACAAGGCCAGUUACCAUCCACAGCAACCUUCAAACCAGCACAAGAUGUUAAAUCCUCAAGUGACCGAUCAGAAUGGCCACUUUGACCAGAUUCAGAGGGACUUCCUGGACUCAACACAGAAUACAGCAGACGGUCAGCAGCUGGCGCAGCUUCAGAUUCUAAACCGAGCUCAAUCCAGACAGAUCGAGGAGCUGGAACAGAAGCUAGAGGACUGCAGGAGGAGGAUGAGAUAUCUGGAGCACCAGUUCACCAUCGUCAAAGAUGAGAAAGACGGUCUGACUGUCUCACUGAAGGAGUCCAGUGCACUAGUGGAGGAGGCGAAAGAGAGAGAAGCGCAGCUGCAGGGGAGAGUCAGAUCUCUGGAGAAACAGAUCCAGUCUGUCACAGACAGAGAGCAAGAGAGCCUAAAGCAGCAGCGUGUGGCUGAGGCGGCGAUGGACAGCAUGAAGCAGCAGAUGAUGGAUCUGUGUCGCUCGGACACUCUGACACGAGCGCGUGAGCAGCACGAUAGAGACGUGGCCGCCAUCCGCGAGCAGUACGAAGCCAAACUGCUGACCCUACAGCAGAAACUAGACGCACAAUCACAGAGUCUGAACGAGCAGGCGGAGGCGGGCCAGCGGCUGCUGGAUCAGGUCCGGCUGCUGGAGCGUCAGAGGGAAGAGGAUCAGGUGGACAGAGCCUCGGUCAUCAACACCCUCUCACAGCGCCUGGAGGAGAGCCAGCAGCAGUGUGCCAAACUGCUCCACACUGGCUCUGUUCAAGAGAUGAGUCAGUUACAGCUGAAGCUCCAGCAGGCCCAGUCUACCCGAGCUAUCAGCCAAGACAUCAGCAAAGCCCUGCAGGAAGAGUUGACUGAACUGAAGGAGCAGAUAAAUCUGUAUGAGUCUGCCUUUAAAAAUGGAGCCCUGGAGUCUAAUGGAGACUGGGAGAAGCAGCUGUCUGAGUCCUACAUGGACCUGGGCAUCAAGAAGUCCAAGUGGAGAAAUGGACGGAUGCACAGCAAACCUCAUAUUGCGGAAGCAGGAGACUCGACCCUGCUGAAGGAGGACGUGGUGCGAGAGCUGAAGAGCGAGCUGCAGCGCUGCCUGAGUCACCUGAAGACCAAGCGUCUGAAGAUCUCUGAGCUGCAGGAGGAGCUGCGGCGCUCUCAGACCAGAGCAGAACAGCUGCAGACGCAGCUAGAGCAGGCUGAGAGAACCAUACGGGACUCUAAGGUGAGGGAGAGCAGCUUGGAGAAACACCUGGAAACAUCCCACAUGACUGCCGCUCCUCACAAAGACCUCGCCAGGCUGCAGGAGGAGCGGCAGGUGCUGCAGGAGAGGGUGGAGGCUCUGGAGAAGAGGAAUCAGGAGCUGAAGCAGAGUGAGGAGAAGGUGAAGGCAGCCAACUCUGAGCUCUGCACCAAGAUGAGGGAGAUGAUCCAGGAGCUGGACCAGGAGAAACAGGAAGCAGCAGAGAGGGAUGAGAGGACUCGGCAGCAGUUCAGAGAUGACGUGGUGAAUGGUGUCCGGACGGAGCUGAUGCAGGAGCACACGGCUCACAUAGAGCAACUCACCCGCCAGCAUCAGCAGCACCUCCAACAGCUCCAGUCAGAGCUGGCUGAUCUCAGACAGGAGGUGUUAGCUGUGCAGGAAUGCUACAUUUCUGUUUGCAAAGAGAAAGACAAGCUGGAGGAAGAACAGAGGAGAUUGAAAGAAAAUGAGUUAAAGAGGCGAGAGGAGAGCGAGGCUGCUCUGGAGAGACUGAGGUCUAAUCUGGAGCGUCAGCAUCAGGAGGACGUGUCUCGGCUCAAAGCCCAGUGGAAGACAGACCCACAGGCUGAGACUGAGCUGCGGGUCAGAGAGCAGCUGGAAACGGCCAGAAAGAGCUGGCAGCAGGAGCAGGAGACGUUGGAGCAGUCCUGGGCUCAGCGGUUACAGGAGGCUGAGGAAGAGGUCAGGAAGGCCAGGCGGUCAGACUCCCGUGAGGGAGCGGCAGGUCAGCUGAUUUCAGUGGAGGAGCUGGAGGACCGGCUCAGCGCUCAGAAGGAGACCCUGCAGCAGGAGGCUGUGACGGCGCAGGCCAGAGCCGUGGAGGAAGCAGUACGAGACGCUCAGAGAGAGAUGCAGCAGAAACACACUGAUGACAUCACACUCCAGGUUGAAGGUGCUCGUUCUCGAUGGCUCCAGGACUUGACCUCCCUCCCAGAAUACAACAGCAGCCUGCAGAGGGAAAAAGAUGAAUGGGAGCGACUUCAACAGCAGCAUGUCCAGGAACAGAUGUCCUCUGCUGUGAAGGCAGUGGAGGAAAGGUGGCAGGACACGCAAAUGCACAAAACCACAGAACUGUAACAUUAUAAACUGAGAAACCUCCAGCUCCAGGAGGAAGUGUUUACCCUCAGCACUCGACUGGAGCACCUGUGCCAGGAGCAGGCUGCCCUCCUGAAAGCAGAGCUGGCUGCAGCCCGAGACGUUUGGUUCAGAGACAAGCAGGAGGAGAUGUCCCGCCUCAGGGCGCAGCUCCAGAGAGAGCAGGAGCAGAAACUACAAGCCGCUCUGGAGCAAACCGACAAACAAAGAGACACAGAGCUACACGAAACUCUCAGAGAAAAGGAGCAGGAGUGGAGGGAUCAACAAGAGAUCAGACUGCGGGAGGAGAUGCUCAGUGAACUAAAGGAGGUGCUGCAGGAGGAAGUGGAGAGCAGGAGGAGUGGAGAAGAACAGAAGAUCAGCAGUGCACCAGCAACCAUUAGAUCCAGAGUCUGGGAGAUCUGCAGAGAGUCACUCAGUCAAGCCAAGCAUGAGUGGAAGAAGACCAGCGCAGACAAGCUGAGACGUGUGCUGAAGGAAACCCAGGAGCGCCAUGAGGCAGAGAUCGGUAAGAGCCGCAUCACGCUUACCUCACACACUGCUGGAUCUUCCCUCCUCACGCUCCCUCUCCCUGCAGCAGGUCUGACAGCUCAGAGGAAGCAGAGUGAAUGCACUGAGUCUCUGGCCAAGCUCCAGAAGAAGAAUCAAGAGCUCCAGAGACAUCUAGAGAAGGCCUGCCGGCAGCUCCAGAGGAGCGUACGAGAGCACAAAAACACCCUGCAGAGGAUGAAAGAUGAGCACGAGGCAGCCCUGCAGAAGGAGCAGCAGGCUCAUCUCAGAGCCCUUGAGGAACUGAAACAGACCUCAAAUCCAGACGCACUUUCAAGCGGUUCAGUCAGCCAACAGAAUCUUCAAGCAGGUCUCGAGGAAAUGAAGGAGCGAUACAUGAAAGCAGUGGAGAAAAUCAGAGGCGACAUGCUGCGCUACCUGCAGGAGAGUAAGGAGCGGGCGGCAGAGCUGAUCAGGACUGAGGUCCUGAGGGAAAGACAGGACACGGCCAGACGCAUGCGCAGGUACUACCUCACCUGCCUGCAGGAGCUGCUGGAGGACAGAGGCCAGGCCGCAGGAGCGGAGAAGAAAAUCAUAAAUGCUGCUAGCAAACUGGCCGCCAUGGCCAAAGUCCUGGAGACCCCGGUGGCCAAACGCAAGCUUUCCAGAACCCAGAACUCUCAAGACAUCGAAGCCAGUGGUUCUCCUGCUAAAGUGCUGGGUGCCGAAGCCCUCAAGAAUGGUGCGAACCAACGGAUCUACAAUCUAACGGACACUAACUACACAUCCAUGGCGGCUAAACAGAAAGGUGUCAAAUCUAAAACCAUCGAACCGGAUUCCCUCGAGCCUGCAGUGGUUUGUGGAUCCAAAGACACUUUUACGGUUGGUCAGGUAACUCAGAAGCACACACACUUUGCACACGAUGGUGUUUUUAACAGCGUCAAUGUCACACUGAGAAAGCACAGCAGGGAAAUGUUCAUGGAGGGUUUUGGAGAGCCAUCAUCCGUCCACCCCUUCCUGAUCGAAGAAGCUCCCGUUCGUGACAACGGACCGAGCGACUGGAGUUUAACCAGUAACCGCUCUAACUUCAACAACACCAUUCACCUGCCCUCGUCCUAUCCAGAGCCUGGGAAGCCGUUCUCUGUUAACGGCGGCUUGGACUUUGGAAGCUCCGUCGGUGAUAACUCUGAUGUUACGAUAUACAAGGAGAUGGUCAAGCCUCCGUCUUACGCUAAACCCGAUGUGUGUGUGGACAGGAGAACAAAUCAACACAGAGAGCCAGUCCCUGGAUCUGAGGGACAUGGGGUCCGGAGAAAGUGUCCAAAGAGCUUAUUUUCGGAGUUGAAAGUGCGUCAGCAGGACAGUGGGUUCGACAGCCCAUUGGCACUGCUUCAGAAAUGAAGUUUGGAUUUGUUUGUGCCAGAACAAACUGUAUUUUUGUACCUAAAAACAGCUUGUGCAAUGUUUCUAUGUUGAACCAAAUGCGUUUUGUACUCGUUUUAGCAAUCGUACUGUCUGUGCCUGAAUUUGUUAUAUUUUAACUUAAUAAAGCAAGCUAGUUUUACAUUAAUUAAA